CAUUUGGACAAAAUAGUUUAGUUCAGUUUACGUAUCUCUGAUUGUAAAAAUGACCUGGCGUUUGAUAUUUAUGUUGUUGGUAUUGGUAAUACCAAACGUGUUGUGCGGGCAAUGUAAAUCCAGUACACAUGGAAAAGAAUUUGUGUUUGGGAUUUUAGACAUGGUUGAUGAGUCUUUCCAUGGUAGCAGCAGCAUAGUAGCCAUAGAUAUUACGAAUGUCUCACCAGUAGAUACAAGAGUACAUUUGCAAAUACCAUACUUCAAUAAUAACACGUAUUUCAACAUUUUGCGCGGUCAAAAGAAAACAAUAGAAAUAGAUCCUCGAAUACAGAAAGACAGGACUUUUGUUGACAAACGUGCUAUCAAAAUUUUAUCCGAUAAUGAAAUAAGUGUGAUAGUGACUAAUGCAUUCAACCCAGGUGCUGUCAUUGAGACAUACAGUAUUUUGCCAGUUAAGGCGCUCGGAAAUAGGUAUAUUAUAUCGAGCUUCGCGAGUGGUUAUUCAUACAGGAACAGAGGUAGCGUUCUUCUAGUUUCUGGAGUGUACGACAACACACAUGUUACGCUCUACAACCAUACAAGCACAAUAUACGCAACUACAGUCAAUUCAAGUGACGUAUUUCAAUAUCUAUGCCCUAACACCUGUGACAUGACCGGGCUAAAAGUAAUUUCUGAUAAAAAUGUGUUUGUGGUAAGUGGAUCAACAUUUGUAUAUUAUUCCCCCGGUUAUGACUGUUUAGGUGCUGCUAUGAUUCCAACAUCAGCCUGGUCAAACAAAUAUAUUGUACCUCCAGUUCUUCCAGGAGGACCUUUCGUGAUCCGAUUGUUGUCAGAGCAUUCUCUGUUAAAUGCAACUAUCGCGAAUUCCAGUAAAACGAUCUUCACAAACGCCUCACACACAGCGAAUUAUUUUCAAAACGAACCUGUUGUUAUCGUCGCCGAUCAGUCGUUUACAGUAACACAGUAUGGCAUGAGUAAAUCCGGUAGCAGCUUUUAUGUUGAUGAAGCAUUCAUGGCAGUUGUGCCAGGCAUUGACCAGUACCUACCCGCUUACAUCUUUACAGUACCAAAGGGGUAUUACAAUGUGACGUAUUACGUUGCUGUCAUUGUGCCAAAAACACACAAAGAUGGUGUGUUAUUCGAUGGUAUUCCAAGACAAUCAUACAGAUAUUCGAUUACGUACCUGAAUGUUCCUGCGCCUCUAGAUGAUUAUGUCAUCCUAACAUUUCAAGUUGACUCCGGUUUCCACCAUUUUCAGCAAACAUUUCCUACAGGGAAUUUUGGUUUGUUUGUGUACGGAUUAGGUAUUUAUCGCGGGACUAGACUAGGCAACGGAUUCUACGCUGGAUUUAAUUUGAAAGGUGAAUGUUUGACUCCCGCCUCUACCACGAAGACGUCGCUUGAAACAACAACGGUAUCAACAAAUACGUCUAGCUCUACAGGUAGUGGUCAGUUGUGCUUCGUUUGUGCGGACCUCAGUCACAUUGACCUUUGUGAUAGAGUCGAGCGGUGUAAUCAAAACGAGGUAUGCUACCUAGAAAGAUAUGUGAAAUCGGGGCAUACAAAAUAUAGAUCAGGAUGCAUGGAUACUCGAACCUGCCAAACAAACGAAGAUAAAUAUUCCCAGUCUGAUGACAUUUGUUUUGAAUGUUGCCAUUCAAACUACUGUAACAACAAAGGAUGUGGAGAAGAUAUACCUGACAGAGAUAGUCGUGGGCCUAUAUGUUUCGACUGUGAACACGUAUCUUCGCCUGAGGAGUGUUUCGAAGUUUUCCCAUGCAAUUCUGAUCAGGUUUGCAGAAUAGAGGAGUACAAAUGGUUUGGACAUUCAAAUUUCAGGAUGGGCUGUGGACAUGGAGUGUGUGACCCUGUAACAGAAACAAGAAGGCUCGGGCUAAAGCGAGCAACACCUGUAUGUCAGUCUUGCUGUACGGACGAUUUCUGUAACAGAAAUUGUACAGCUGCCCUGGCAGGUCAAGGUGGAUCCGUCAUUGUAGGAUGAGAGGCAGAGUGUUACGGAUGGUAAAAGUUAUGAGUAUUCAUCUGAACGAGCCUCAAGCUUUGUUGUGUAUCGUUUGAAUAUCAUCUUGUUACUUUUACCCACUGUACAUAAACCUAUGGCAAAGACUUGAA